GCGCGCGGUGCAAAAGUCAGUGAAGUCUCUGCAGCACAGCAGCUCUGUUUAUUCCUGCAGGUCCCGCUAUUCAAGGUAUUUGUUGAAACUCCGCGGCCUGCGUUCUUGACCUCUUCUACCGACGCAAACUCUGUCCGUCUGGGGUAUAUUGUAUAGAGGGUGAGGUGUACUGUGGAGUCCAUGGCAGAACAGGAGGCCAACGGUGGCCUAGGAAGACCACUGCCUCACUUUAACCCUGCAAGUAUCACUCCAACCAAACAGGAUGAGGUGCUGUACUCUGAUGAUGACGACGGCGGGUCAGGAGGUGGGCGUCGCCACGCGUCCGCCUCUGUCUCCAAGACGUCGUUCUCGGCUGAUACUCCGGCCAGUCAGAAGAGAGCCAUUCAGAGUCUCAAACAGUCCCUCACUUUCUCCGACAACAGCUCCCACAGUUCAGCUGCCUCGACACCUCAAAAGACUGGUGCGAGGCAAUCAGGCCAGGGAUCUACCCACUCAUUACAGAGCUCUACCCAAUCGGCACCUCCGACCUUUGGCAUUGGACGACCGGCCGCUGUCCGAGAGUCUGAGCCUGUGGACGAGGGAGAUGGGGUCAGAGUACAUAUCCGAGGGUGAUUCCUGCAGAGAUAAGUAUCACUGCCAUCAUGUCGAAAUUGGAGCAAGUCAAGAGCUACUUGCAAGAGGCUCAAGCUCUGCAUCAGCAGAUGAAGGAAAGGCUCUCAGAGCCAGGGAUGGCUGUGCAGGUGAACAAGAUGGGGAGACUGGGUAGAGGACUUGAGGAGACAGGAGUCUGGCUACCUCAGCAUCCUCGUCAAACUACUCGACCAGCAGAAAGGCGGGCCACUAGCCAACUCUUCUCAAGAGAGAACAGCUGAAAACUGAUGACUCGAGAGAGGUACUGUCUGAUGGAGAGGUAUCUGGAGAGCUAGCGGAUGAGGUUGGGGGAGAGAAGAGAGAUGACAGUAUGAGUCUGAAGGCAGAGCUACUCAAAGGAGAGGAUGGAGACUCAGCGUGAGGAGAAAGAGAAGCAGGAGCUGAGGAUGUUGAGAGAGCAGAGAGACCUCCUUACAAAAACUAGUAGAGCAGCAGAAGCAGGUCAACAACAAACCAUGUAUAGAGGCGCUGGAGGUAAGACAGAGGAGACUGUUGGAUGGCAACACCACUGGUCACCCCUCCAGCUACAACCAAAACUCAGGCACCUCCGUCUGAAGCAGGAGUGUUGAGGAAUGGAGCAGGCCAAGAGAAGCGGCAGGCCAGAGUCACCACAGAGAAUAUGGAUGAUGAGACGACCGAGUCGGCUGUGGUGAGGAGACUGCAGGAGUUGAGAGAGAGACGGGCUAGAGUGGAGCACCUGACUAGCCUCCUCGCACAACUACAGACUGACACUGAAAACGAGAGGGAGUCACAAGUUCCGACUUCAAGUGCUGUCGCCGCUGCUGGUAACACUGGUCAACAACCUCUGGGAGGGGCUGGAUCUGGUGAGCUAGUGGCAGCAGGGAGUCAAGCAAUGCCUGCUGAGCUACUGGAGCUCCACCAGAAACUAAGGCAGGCACAGGAGGCCAGGGAAAAGCUGGCAGAACUGCAGCAAAUGAUCAGUCUCUUACAAGAACCUGAUGUUGAAGGAAGUGAGGUGACGCAGGAUCCUCCUCUGGUCAGCAGCAGCAGACAGGGUCUCCUGACUAGAGAGAGCCAGUUUGAGCAACAACAACAACAGCAACAUCGUGGGGAAGAGGAGGAGGAAGAUGAGGAAGAUGGACAGACUGAAUCUGGAGAGUUGAUGGCUACAGGAGAGCUGGAGGCGAGUGUGAUAUCCGAGUACGAGGAGAGACUGGUGAGGCGGAGGAGGGAGGUGAGGGAGCUCCAGGAACAGAGGGACCGACUCCUGACCACUCAGAGGAAACUGCAGCAACUACACCAGAGCAUUGCUGACAAUGCAUCUCUAUCACCUACCAAUAACACAGCCUCUGGUAAUAGGGAACAGUCAGUCAAUGCUCCCAGUAGCGGAGGCGCAGAAGGUGUGUUGUCCUCUGAGGAGCUGGCCACAGAGCUGGGCAGACAGAGGAGACUGUAUGAUGAACUGCUGGACAAGACGCAGCAGAUCCAGUCGAUGGUUGAUGAAGUGACCAGUGCAAGGGACAUGUCGGGUGCCACAUGGGGUGGGUCGUCCAGCGAAGAAGAGGAGGAGGAGGAGGAGGGUGUCAGUUCAGGGACUGGUCUGAAUGACACCAGAGAUGGUUUGGAGCAAACCUUCACCGGGACACUAGGUGGAAGUGCAGUGGUAGUUGUGGAAGAAGAUGAAGAACAGAGAGAUGGAGGGAGAGGAGGGGGAGAAGGAGAAGAAGUUUUGUUCAGGGUGACCCGCCACACCCCCCACCACUUGCACGGAGGUCAAAGGAGACUCCUGACCCCCGAGACCACGCCCCACUCGGCCGGCAAGAGGAUGAAACUUGACGACACCUUAUCUGCAGCACCAGCUGUGACUGCUCAAGCAGGGAGUGUGAAGGCUCCUCCUCAGCCUAGUACCAAGCCCGCCAUUGGGAGUCUGAGUGCUGCAUGGCCAGGUGUCAUCUUCCCCUCCUCCUCCUCCUCCUCCAGAAAACAGACCAGAGAGGAGGCCACUCAGACUGGUAGAGAUGUGAUGGGGCAGGGGUCCCUGGCAGAGACCCACCUCUCGUUUCUCCACCACCAGCUGGCGGCCACCUCGUCCCUGGCCAGCCAGCUCGUCGUGUCCCAGCAGACCCUGGUGGGCUCCGUCUGUCGCCAGCUGGAGACCCAGCAACUGGCCGGCUGCUUCCAAGACCACUUUGCCAGACUCCACCACUACCAGACCCAGCUGGAGCAACAGUACCAGCAACUGCAGGCCGCCUUCUACAAGUUGGAGGUAGCUGCAGGGGAGCGGGAAGAUGACCAAGAGGAUGAAGAAUUGGACAGAUAUCGCGAGGAACCAGUGUUCCACGCCCGUCCCCCAUCUCCCCAACCUCCCUUUACCUCAACCACACCCCCUCCACCAGACACACCUCAGUCCAGUAACACCAGGGGCAGACCCUUCAAGCCUGCAAACGAGAAGAGGGAGAGAGAUGAUUUUGAGCAGUCGGCCACUGAACCUGGACCCACAAUGUCGGGCAGUCAAACAAGACGAAGUGAUCGUCGCAGAUCGUCGUUCUUUCAAAUGCUACCUCCCCCAGGGGCGUAUCUGCCUCACCUCUACCAGCCAGUUCCUCCCAACAGGAGAGAUCCAGAGAGAGAAGAAGAAGAGGAGGAGGGAGAGAGUGUUGAUGAUGGAGUGGCUGCUGGUUUUUUCCCUCCCCCACCUCCCCUCCCUCCCUACUUCCACCCCCACCCAUUCCCCUAUUACUACCCUCCUCCGCCCCCUCAUCAUCAUCUUUACCCUCCCUGGGUGCCACCCACCCCACACCUGGGUGGACACAACAUGAGUUUCCCCCACCUCCAAACCUCCACCUCUUUCAACACUGGUCCCAGUGUGUCUCCCCUCCCUUCACACCCCAACCCUUACCCCAACUUCCGUCUCUACCCCGGGGUAGCCCCCGUUUACCCCGGACAUACUCCAUACGACUCGUUCUUUGGUCUAAACUCCAGUGGACACCAUGCAUUUGGACCGAGCUACCCGCCACACCACAUGGGGGGACACAUAGGAGGAGGGGGAGGGUAUGAAGGUGUUCUGAGGGGGGUGACGAGAGAGGGUGGAGAGCAACACCAGCGACCAGUCAGUCCCUCUGGUGUGACAGGUGUCUCGAUGCAGGUCCAGCCUCCCUCCAGUCCUCCCAGUGCUCCCAGUGACACCAAUCUUCCCCAGACAUCCUCCCUGGCCGAUCCCAACACAGGCUCUGGUCUACUGCCACAGUCCUCCAGUGGGACUCUAAUGCCACCAGUCCCCACCUCAGUCUCCCAGACCAGGGCUCCCAGCUCGUCCCUCCCCAAACUCACCACUCUCACAUCUCACAGCAACCAUCACACCCUCACAGGCUCUGCCAGCAACCCCCGCCCACUGCAGUCUGUUCCUCAAUCAUGGGGUGGUGUUGAGAGAUCUCGCCAGGGUGGAGGGAGAGAGGAGGGUGGAGGAGAGAGGAAGAAAGUUGCUGGUUCACUGGCACAGGAUGAUGAGUCACUGUCUUCCCUGCCACUCAGUCUGCCUGAUGAUACCAGCAAGAGAGAGACGAGGGGAGAGGAAGGAGAAGGAGAGAGAGCUCCUGGGGAUUUCUCAGUGUUUGAUGCUCUGCGGGACACCAUCUACUCUGAGGUGGCCACUCUCAUUGCCAACAACGAGAACAGACCACACUUCUUGGUGGAGUUGUUCAGGGAGCUCCAGAUGUUGUCUUCCGACUACCUGAGACAGAGAGCUCUGUACAGUCUCCAGGACCUGGUCACCCGCUACCUCACUGAGGAGGGCCUCCAGGGGAGAGGCCGGGGGAGGAAAACUUCCGCUCCGGGACUGGAGUAUAGCUGGUCGGAGCAGACACCCAGUGAGAGUCUAGUCACCUCCGAUGACGACGAGUUUGGCAGAGCUAGUGCCGGGGGAGAGCGGGAGAGGAGAGAGGAGGAGGAGGAGGAAGAGGGUAGCCAUCAGUCCACCCCUCCCAGGCCACGUGGCAAGGCUCCCUCUGCAUCAGGCCUCACUGGAGACACUGUAGUACGACUGGACAAGGCAAUUGCAAGGUUGCGUGAGUCGUAUGGGUCAUCGGGAACUAUGCAGCCACCAGUGGUCAGCCCUGGUCCCCUCCAGAAACAGCCUCACAUCAACACCGGGGAACUGGACCAACAGAUCAAGGCCGUCAUGACUGAGGUCAUUCCCCUACUGAAAGGGCACAUGGAGAAGUCUUGCAGUCCGGAGCUACUGCAGGAGAUCAGGCAGCUGGUGAUGAAACUAACGCUCACUCAACUUAAGAUACAGGGUCCUGGUAGUGUAGAGACCUUUUGCAAACAGUUGGAGACUGCUUUAGAGAAUGCUCUCCAGAAAUACCUCAACCAAAUGCUGAAGGAGUGUGGAGAGGCUCUGCUGGUGGAGGUCAGCGAGGUGUUGUUCAAUGAGCUGGCUUUCUUCAGACUAGCACAGACCAUGGAGUGGUAUAUAAGUCUACACUCACUAUGAAUAUAGAGUAGUAUGAAAGCCCUUUUCUCUUGUAUUCAUGCACUAAUGGUGAUCCUGUACUCUAUAAUGUGAAGGAAAAAUGAACCCGGGCUUGGAUCUGCUCCUAAGCCAUCACAAUCUAAGGAGGUCGAGGGAGAGGUGGAGGGUGAUGAGGGGAGGGCAGCAGAGGUUCUGCCAGUGUUACAGGCUCUCACUACUGCAGUUGAGAAGUCUCUUAGCGAGGAACAAGAGGCUCUGGGGAAGACAAGAGAUGAUGAACUGGCCAGAGAGUGGAAUGGACCACAAGAUGGGCCGUCUUCUCCCGGUCUAGAGGAAGAUCAGACCAUCAUUGUGGAGUUGUCUGCAAGUGAAUCAAAGCCUAUUGAGAGUGUUGGUAGUGGGGAGGAGGGAGAGGGCAAUGAGGAGGAGGGAAAGAACAGUACUGGCACAACAGCCAAGAAUACUGGAGGGCGAGAGGAAACUCCUCCAACUCCAGUUAUAGCUGCAGUGACUGGUGAGUCAUACACACAUUGUAUACUGAGGAUGUUUGUAUUGUGACUGUUGUAUAGGUACAGGCACCGCAGCACUCUCCACACAGUCACCACCACCAGACCUCUCUACUGAUACCAAAGUGGACGUUCAAAUGAAGCUGGAGCAGGCAUCUACAGGAGGCAUUGCAGGGAUACUAGCCUCCGUGGAGCAAGAACCUGAGCUGGCGGGAGAGAGUGAUCAACUGCCUGAACCUACUGGCCCUUCUGAAGCAGUAGCUGAGCCAUAACCUUGUACAUGUCGCUGAGUUCUCUAUCACAAAGGCACUGGUGUCACUUGUAUAUUAUAAUAAACACUCAACUGUACAUAUUAUACUGUAUGAGUACUCUCAAAUUAUAAUGUAUGGUCUGUUACGCACACAAACAGUGAUGAUGUGUUAGUUCAGUUCCUCUAUCAGAUUCCGACCUGCAAGGGAAGUUGUGGGUGGGCAUUGGGGACUGGGUGGCUGGUGGAUGGUGAGGAAGGUACAAAGACCUUCACUUAGCUCCUCCACGACCCUGUCCCUGGAGUGCUCAGUCGUGGAGGUGUUGUUGUUCAGUGGGGAGACUGUUUGGUCUUCUGUAUCCGGGUUCUGUUCCUUGCAGAGGGUGGAGGCAGGGCCUUGACUUUCUGCCUUGAUCGCAGAGCUGGUGUGGUUAGGUACCAGUGGGGAAAGAUGCUGGGCUGUUCUGUCUUCUGUGGUCGGGUUCUGGUCCUUGGGCUGUUCCUUGUAGACGGUCGAGUUGGUGCCUUCUGCUUUCAUCAUUGACGUGUUGUAGUUCAGUGAGGGGAGACUCUGGGCUUUUAUGUGUUUUGUAGCUCGUGGCAAGCUCUCUCUGGUAUUUCGAGCAGCAUCAGAUGUAGAUUCAAUAGCAGGGUUUGCAGCACCAGGUGUGGAUUUGGUCAUGGUGUUUCUUUCAGUCUCUCCUUCACUGUCGGAGUCAGUCUCACCGCUACUGCUAGAUUCAGUCCCUCCCUCGUCACUGGCGGAGUCACCUGACUCACAGGUGGAGGCCUCGUCGUCUCUCUCUGCUGCCACCAGACGAGCUGCCUGCUCCAACUCUGCCAGCUCCCAACCCAUGCUACUCUUCUCCAUCUUCACCUGAAAACACACACAAGCCAACAAUAAACAGAACGUGCUGAAAUUCAAGUGCCAGGUUCUGGAUGUGUCUUGAGCUGGCUCUCUGGAUCCAGACGCAGUAGUCAGUGAUGUAGAGGUUGUUCAUUACAUAGUAUGGUUCGGAGGAGUUGAGAAUUCUCCUAAUGUCCAGCAGACACUGCAGCAACUUCCUCCGUCCUACUCAAUAAUGAGAGACUUAUCAUAACAGUUCUCUGUGGGUAUUGUACAGGAUAUAACAUGCAAGUAUAUAUUCCCUACCAAGUUAUAAAAAGGAGGACCUAGGUAUAUAUAACUUGUCCAUCCCUAUAUACUGUACCACCGUAUUUGUGAUACACAGAAAGAGCUACACAUCAGUGUAGAUUACCCAGUAGAAAGAGUUGUGUAGUAUCAUGUAGGACACACUGCACCAACUGCCAGUGUCUGUAGAGAGGGUAGCAAAGACAUCUCCUGGCACUGCAGUAUAUUACUUCCUCCACACGCCCUCUGAACACCUCUAGCCAGGAAAGAGUAGAGCUGAGCUUGCAGAUGUUCCAUGCCGAUUCAACAUUGUGUUCACCCUCUGUGAUGCGAUAGUCAUAGGCAUAGGCAAAUAUUACAUCCACUAGGCCCAAGUACAGGGUUCUCCGUGUUGCCUUGUCCAGGAGAUAGUAGCGUGGAUACACUCUUUGUUGGGUAGCUCUUUCAGUUGCACCCUUUCUUCGUCAGUAAAUGGAAUAAUAUCCUGGUCAGGUUCUCUUUGGCCUUUCCUUUAGCUGUAGUGGUAGUUC